ACAGGUUGAAGCCUCUGUACUAUAGGAAUUGUUGAAAUAUGUUUUUCGUACUAUCUCUGCUUCUCUCUCCAGCUUUGAAGUAUUCUGCAGCGCUGUGUCAACAGAAAUGCAAACGCAAGGGAACCCCUGAGAGCCACUACUGUUCCAGCAACUUUGUGAUUACAGGAACGGUCAUUACUGCUCUCACACGUGGAGGAAGCAUGUACGUCACCAUCUCCAUCAUCAAUGUUUAUAAGGAGGGCAAUCUGGCCAUCCAGCAGGCUGGCAAAACCAUGAGCACCAAGAUUGUCAUCCUGUGCAAGAAAUGUCCCUAUGUCAGGCGAGGUUUGAACUACAUCUUCAUGGGCCAGGUGAACGAGGACGGGCGUGGGAUGAUCGCACCCCAUCAUUUCGUUACGGCUUUCAAAGCCAAGAACCAGAGGGCCUUUAACAUACUGAAGAACAAACACUGCUGAUCUCGCACAGACUGUGAAUCUCAUCCCGCAUGACUGAACUUUCAUCACGGACCCCGACAAUGACGGUCAAGAACUGCUGAAGCACAAAACACAGGGUCUGGCUCUCUUUUUCUUACAUAUCAUCCUACUGUUGUGAUGAGAAUCAAAAUGACAGCAAGAAUAUAAGUUCCUGGUGAGAUACACGAGAAUGUAAAGAUGUUUUUUUUGUGAUCAUAGCAAACUUAAAGGAACCGUAUGUGCGGGUUCUUAAAUACUUUCAUCUUGUAGUAUCAUUUUGUCUUCUUCAUGCUGGAUUUGUGUUACAUUUUGUCUAUAAAAUAUCAUCAGAGGAACUGAUUCAGUGGUGAAUGUUAAGUUAUAAAUUAUUUGAGAGAAAAAUAAAGUCCGUUUUAUCAUUUA